AUAGGGAAAUCGUAGCAUAAUACGAUAAGGGUUCCUAAAUUAUAGGGUACGUGAUAACUGUGCAGAGAAAGUUCCCUCAAUGAACGAAUCCACAACCUUUACAUUUUGAUUUUUCUGUUGCACGAAAGAAGAAACAAAACAAUGUGUCGUGUCUUUUUGGAUUGAAAUCCCUAACCUAAAUUCCCUCUUUCAUGGCUUCACCAAGCGAGGUCGGGUUGAGACUCCUCCUAUGCCCUUUAAAUUCAAACGUUGUUGUUCGGACUGCAUGCUGUUCUGUAGGGCUUGUGAUUCCCGUUUACUCUACGUUUAAAGCUAUUGAGAACAAAGACCCAUAUGAGCAACACAGGUGGCUGUUGUAUUGGGCAGCUUAUGGAUCUUUUAGUGUUGCAGAAAUGUUUACAGAAAAAUUACUUUCUUGGAUUCCACUCUAUUAUCACUUGAAGUUUGCAUUUCUUGUUUGGCUACAGCUUCCCACUAUCAAUGGUGCAAAGCAAUUGUAUUCUAGUCAUUUGCGUCCAUUCCUGCUGAAGCAUCAAGUUAGACUGGAUCUGAUUGUUGAAUUUGUGUAUGGUGAAAUGAGUAAAUUUAUUAGUGCACACCAAGCAGAAUUGCAGUUUGCAAGAACUCUUGUAGUUAAGGUGUUAAUGACAGCAAAUCAGAUGAUUAGAAAUCUCAUUCAUCCAGUUGGGAGGGAGUCAAAUCAGAUUGAACCCCCAAAGAGGCAGGUUCAGGAUGCAGAAUCAGAAGAAGAUUAAGCAGUUUUCUUUCCCGUUGUUAGACUAAAAUAGUUUGGCUAGUUUUUAAAGGAGACAAGUUUAUAAUUUCCAUGUGGUGCUGUGUUUUUGUAUUACUUAUGCUAACAUUUUCAGUUUUGUUUAUUUUUUCUUCAUUUCUACCCGCCACACUUAGGAAAUGGACAUAUUGGAUGUAAAUAGUAAUUUUCAUAGCAGUUAACUUGGGAGUAUUAUUAAAUGUUGACGUAACAACCGGCAUUUGCUUUUGUUAUGGCCUUUGUUACACCCCUUGUUCUUAAAAGUCAAAAUUACA